UAGUAAAAUUUCUACCGCUUUCUGAUAAGAUCGCUAUGGAGAUAAGCCAAGAAUAUUCUUUAUCAUUUGAAAAGAAAGUCUCAUUUCAAAUUAGUCUAUGUUUUAGCUAUGGCGAAUGUUUUGCAGGAGAGGAAUCUUGUUAUUGUUUCAUCCAAAAAGCUCUCGUUCUUUGAGUGGAAGUUCGAAAAAUCAGAUUUGGGACCAGGAAAUGUCAUAUGCAGUUCAAAUUUCAAUCUCGGAGGUGCUGAUGCAUGGUUUCUGGAACUAAGAAGAGAUUUUUUCGAUACCUUGUAUCUAUACCUCUGCAACUCUGAAUGUGUUGAUAUUGUCAUACAUUACACCAUCAUCUUAUCGGACUGCGUAGAUCGCGAAAUUCACAGCAACGUGGCAUCCAUACGCAGUUUCGGAACUUUGCGCAAAGCCGAUUUACUCUCCAGUUUCAAAUCCCUCUCGUCUUCAACUAACUAUCCCGUAACUAUCACCUGCGUGAUUAAAGUGCCCAAUCCCGUAGUGUCCGAGUCCGCAGACGAUAUCUCCGCUGGUGAUUUUUUACUGGAUUCUUUGAAAGAACUUUCGUGUGAUUUUAAGAAAAUACUGGAAGAUGGCAACAGCACCGACAUCUCUCUGGAUAUUAACGGCGUUGUUAUCAGAGCACACAAAAUAGUGCUGCAAGCACGUUCGCCGGUUUUUUAUAACAUGUUCAAUCACGAUACUAGCGAAGCUGCUCAAAAUGAGGUGGUCAUUAUGGAUAUUGCGGCCAGUACCAUGAAGAGACUCCUCGCUUAUCUAUAUUCUGGAAGGAAAGAAAAGUGUGGAUUUGAAGAGACGUUUGAGUUGUACUACGCUGCUGAUAAGUACGAAGUGUUGUCCCUGCGAAACAUUUGCAAGAAUGAUUUGCUUGACCAGUUACAAGUGAGCAAUUCUUGCUGCUUGUUUAGUUUGGCGAACCGUCACAGCGACGAAACUUUUAAGGAACAGGUGAAUUUCAUAAGUUCUAAUUUCAAAUCUGUUGUAGAUACGGAUGCGUUUGAAGAAAUGAAUAAAACUGAUAUGAAAUUGUUGACACGAUCCUGUGCGCACAACAUAUUACAGU